ACUCGUGCCAAGUGAGUACGCAUGAAGCGCCUUCAUACAUCCAAGCGGUUGGAUGGCUGACUUGUUUGCGGGAAUCGGUGCAGUAGUAUCGACUCAAGUCCUGUCCAGGGCUUUGACGUUCAUCUUGAAUGUCUUGGUCGCUCGCCUUGCAUCUCCAUCUGCUUACGGAGUCGGUUAUGUUUCCCUACAGCUCUUGAGCAAUUUAGUUCUCUUUGUCCCAAAAGAGGGUUUUCGCAAAGUGGCGUUGCGAUCACCAUCCACGAAAGCAGAUUUGGAUGGCCUGCAAUCUUCUGUGAAUUUGGGAUGGAUGGGCAGUGCUUCUGGUGCAGUUGCGGCUGGCCCACUUGUUGUCUAUUGGAUUCGUUCCAGCCCAGACUCAGAGAUUUGGCAGGAAAAUGUGCUGCCACAAUAGACCCACAUUCCCUGGUGUGAACAGUGGUGAACUUGUUGGUAUGACUCAUCCACUGAAACUCUGAGCAACAACAAGUUGAAGACAAGAAGGGGAAGACGUUUCUUCGUUCAAUCACAUUCCACACACAGCUAGAACUAUAGAAACAACAGGUCAACAUUCACAGCCACGGUAGGGCGGAGAUAAGCAGAGCAGAUUGGCCAACUGUUCAAUCUUUGACUGAACCAGACUUGACAGUAUGUUGAACGGAGCAAUGUGCUCAGUCAUGUGGAAGAUUGCUUUGGUCAGAAGGAGGCCACAGCUUGAGGUCCACAACCCAUGCCUUUCAUUCACUAUGUUCAGGUGCUACAAAUUCGAUUUGCAAACAACGUCCUAUUCCGCAACUCUCCAUUCUUCUGAAACUUCUCUUCCGCAACUAUUUGGUACUCUUCCGCAGCUACUCUUCAUAAACUAUUCUUCAGAAACUAUUUCGGCUCGAGAGAAACUAUUUCACGAUCUUCAGAAACUAUUUCGUGAUCUUCAGAAACUUUUUUGCAUUCUUCAGAUUUUUUUUCGCGUUCUGCAGAAACUAUUUCGCGUUCUUCAGACACUAUUUCGCGAUCUUCAGAACAUAUUUUGCGAUCUUCAGGAACUUUUUCGCGAUCUUCAGAAACUAUUUCGCGAUCUUCAGAAACUUUUUUGCAUUCUUCAGAAACUUUUUCGCGUUCUUCAGAAACUAUUUCGCGAUCUUCAGAAACUAUUUUGCGAUCUGCAGAAACUAUUUGGUGAUCUUCAGAAACUAUUUCGCGAUCUUCAGAAA